GUUUUCCCUGUCAGUAAGAAAAUCUUUAUACACAAUGUAUGUAUAUAAAUUUUCUAUACACACAACAAAUAAAUUGGGCAGUUGGGUUUUAAAAGUAGUUUAAUGGAACUUAAGCAUCGUUGAUAGACACUAUAAGAUCAUGCAAGCUGCAGCUGCUUCUUCUCCACGCUUCUUCCUCCUCCGCUCCGCAUAGUUUUCAUCAUCUGCCCUUCACAUUUCAUUCGCCUUAUUCACAUAUCAUGGUUGAAUAUGAAGCUAGGCGUGUUUUUCUGGCACCAAUUUUCUGAUUAUAUUAAUGGGGGUUAGCAGAGUAAUAUAAGGAAGGAUUUGGGUUUUUCUAGUUUCGGCUUUACCUCAUGGUUUAAUAUGGGGUCGUUAUUAGGAUGAUGAAGGAUUGAAGGCGAAGCUGGGCCGUGGGAAAUUAAUAGCUUAUUUUAGGUGAAUUUUGCUUGGAGCUGCAAUUUAUUCCAAUGGAUUGUAAUUCAGUAUACCGAUUAUGAUGUGGAAAUCGCUUUUGUCUUUUGUGGGUUAGCAUGCCGGGGGCAGCUAGUUCAAUCACACUGCCAAAUUUGAGGUCCCGAAGUGCUUGAAAAUGCACUUGUAAUAACAUCUAUGGUUUGGCAUUUGGAGCUUGAUAGCUUGUAGAGCUGGCUUCAUUACUGCUAUUUGAGAUUGAUCCGGAUAGCUCAAUAUGAAAGGUGGAAUUGAACAGGACGACGAAGAGUUUGAAAUGCUUUUGGAGGAAAUUCCUAGUGCAACGUCUGGUCCUUCACAUCUAGAGGAGGUUCAGAGAGCUGAUGUGUCUCCGAAAGGAGAAGGCAUUUCACCUCAGCAGAAUACAAGGAAUUCAUCUACCCCAGAAGCCUAUGAUACCUUUUAUCAAGGUUAUCAGGGAGUAAAGAAUAUAUCUGCAUCGCCAAAAGGCAACAAUAUCUCCAUUUCCCCGAGAGCAUCCAGUUGCUUUCCCGCUUUUUAUGGUGGCUUAACCUUUGAUGGUCCUGGUUGUGGAAGUUCCUCACAAAUUCAACCAGAGCAGCAGCAAACUAAAGUGCAAGGAAAAAUACAUCAAGAGACCAAUACCGAGAAAGAACAAUUGCAAUCUAAUGCUCCUAUUCAUCUCAAUGGGAUUACCUUGCCAACCAAGCAAGUGUUCGCUGAUGAUCAGUCUCUGACAAGUGCAUUUGUAAAGCUAAACUUUAAAGAGGAUAUGGUGUUGGGUCAGGGUGUGCAGGCAUCUGGAAAGUCUGCAGAUGGAAGAUUUUGUGGACCUCCUUCGGCAAAUGGGCAGGAGACGAGAUGCUCUCCUAAAAUAUACUCCCAUUUUGAUGUUGGAAGUGCAUCAGUUUCUGGUCAAUUCAAUGGCAUUGGUUCCUUGAACUCCAUGGCUUCUCCAUCAAAUGCAUCUUUCUCAAAUAUGUAUGGUGUGAAAUAUCCUUCUCAAUAUAGAAAUGUGGCUGCAUAUUUCCAAGCCACAGCAGAUGAUAUAUCAAACAUAGCAAUGAAAAAAGGUUUCACACCUAAUGUUAAUGGUGCAAACAAUUAUAGGAAUAAUCCGGGUUGGCCAUCAGAUGAUUUGUGUACAGAACCAUAUGAUAUACAGCGACCAUAUCCAUUAUAUUCUGCACCAACUCCUGCAGCACCCGAAAUGCAAAGCUUUCAUGUUUUGCCAAAUGCAUCUAUGUCGGGGGCAGAAAUGAUUUCUCCAAUUUCUGGUCUGCAACAACAAUACUACAUGGAUUCCCAGAUUGCAACAUACUUGCAACCCCAACAAUGUGGGCCUCCUAUAGCCACACUUCAGCCACAAUUAAAUAGAAUGCAUUUGACAUGGCAGCAUAUGGAGGAGGAGAGAUACAGGAGAGUUCACCAGCAGUACUUGUUGUUGCAACAAGUUCAUGCUCAGGCAAUCAGUGGCAUGCCUAAUCAACCAGGUGCUGGUAUUGUGGGUGGUUCCUUGGACCGUAGCUUCAGGCAACAAGGCAUGCAGCCUUCAAUGGCAAUUUCCCAACUCGAACAACCCUUUUACAAAUACCAUCAGCAAGGUUUGCCUACUGUUGAAGGAGAUUGGAAUGGCCAUUUGAUUCCUGGAAUUGCAGGUACACCAGCCAUUAAUUUUGCAGACUUUCCUUUGCAGACUGGAAAUGUGUGUCGGUACCAUGCUCAAGGUUUUUGUAGUAGAGGCGAAAGUUGCCCCUUUUCUCAUGAUCAGGCUCAAACAGUAGCUACCGGGAGAAGCCUUGCAUCUGGUUCAACAUUAAACAAGGAUCCAUCAGGGGUUUCAAGUUUUAAUGGAGAGGAUAAGUCAGCCUUCCCUGAAAAGAUUUUGACCAGAACUCGAUCUCGAGGAGUAAGUGCUGUAAGGACCAUUAAUCUGUGUCCACCAGGAGGGAGGAAAGAUUCCCCAAGCAAUGGUAAUAGCAGUGGAAGGUCAUUGUCUGAUGGGCAUCAGACAUCUGCUUUGUGUUCUGGGUCUUUUCAGUUAGAUAAUCAAGGGCAUUCUAGAGAGCUUUCGCCAGAGGGUAUAGAGUGUGAACUUAUCACUAGGACGUUAGCUGGUUCUCAACAGCAGCAGCAGCAACAGUUUAAGUACACUUCCUUAGAAGAGGUAGAAGGUCGGAUAUAUAUUAUAGCUAGAGAUCAACAUGGCUGUCGUUUUCUUCAAAGAAAGUUUGAUGAGGGAAAUGCUGAAGAUGUGCAGAAGAUUUUUAUCGAGAUCAUUGAUCACAUAAUCGAGCUUAUGACAGAUCCUUUUGGAAAUUAUCUUGUUCAAAAACUUUUGGAAGUGUGCAAUGAAGAUCAAAGAAUGCAAAUACUUCAUGCAAUUACCAGUAAUCAAGGAGAGCUUGUCAAUAUAUCACUCAAUAUGCACGGUACUCGGGCUGUACAGAAGUUGAUUGAGACACUGAAGACUACAGAGCAGGUUUCCAUGGUUAUAUCAUCUCUUAAACCAGGUGUUGUGAUUCUGAUAAAGGACUUAAAUGGCAAUCAUGUUGUACAACGUUGCCUGCAGUGCCUCAUCAAUGAAGACAGCCAGUUUCUUUUUGAUGCUGCAGCAGCACAUUGUGUUGAGAUUGCAACCCAUCGCCAUGGAUGCUGUGUGUUGCAACGAUGUGUUGAUUUUUCAACUGGAGCCCAGCGGAAUCGUUUGGUAGCUGAAAUAGCUGCCAAUGCAUUGGUCCUUUCGCAGGAUCCUUUUGGAAACUAUGUUGUACAAUAUAUUUUGGAUCUUAAAAUUCCAUGGGCAACUGAAGAUGUAAUGGAUCAACUUGAAGGGCACUAUGCACACCUUUCUAUGCAGAAAUUCAGCAGUAAUGUAGUUGAAAAAUGUCUUAAACUUUCUGAAGAAGAGAAACGUGCAGAUAUUAUUCGAGAACUUAUCAGUACUUCUCGUUUAGGGCAGCUUUUACAAGAUCCAUAUGCUAAUUAUGUUGUCCAAUCUGCCCUUAAUGCCUCGAAGGGGGCUCUUCAUUCUGCUUUUGUUGAAGCCAUCCGACCACAUUUACCAGCAUUGCGAAGUAGUCCAUUUGGGAAGAGAAUCCUUUCACGUACCAAUUUAAAGAAAUAAUAUUUGCAUUUUAAGAUGUCAUCAUGUCCUGCCUUGACGUCUUUUAAACAACUCUGGUACCCAUUGGUGUUUUGUACGGUGCCACUGUUUUUGUAGAUCUAGUUUACAACUCUUGUUGAAGUGACCAUUUUUGGCAUGUAAAAAUCAAGUGUUUGAUAUUUAACAAUCUAAUAAUAGAUGAUGUGAGCUACGGAAUUGUAUUUGAUAGAUUGAAGGGGAAAAAUUGCCUGUCCCAGCUCACUAUUGUACAACAGUCUAAACUCUUCAUUUGCUCCUCAAAUGAAUACAUUGCCAACUAAUAGGCCCCUUAUUAUUAGAUUUUUGCCACCUGUCCUUUGUGUUGGUACCAGGCAAUGGGGCCAUUUAGUCUUCUCUCAUCUAUGGUUCUGUGAAGGAGAAGAAUUUUAAAAUUUAUAAAAGGUGGCUAUAGGUGUCAAGCAUACAUAAAGAUUAAGUUUUCUGUCAAGUAAAACAUUGAGCUGCUGGCUUGCCAGGAAAACGGAAGUUUCAGCCAAACAAAUGUAUGUCAUAUGAGAGGCCUUCUACUAGGUUGAUUGUAGAUUGGCAAAAUUGAUAUGGAAUUUCUGUAGCCAGGUUUGUAUGAGUAUAACUUUAUCUGGCUGGUUAUAAAAGAAGCUAUUUUCAGACUUAUUCUUGUUACGUCCUGGAUAUUUCAUUGCUGGGGCUGUACUGUUGUACUGUAGAACUAUAACUUAUAAAUUUGAAUGUCUGGUAGUUUUUUUUUUGUAUUGCCCUUA